AUGGUGCGGGCCAUAUGGGCGGUGCUACGGGCGGUGACCUCCCAGGGAGCAUCAGUGUUGAAAACAAACGUACCUGCUGUCACCUCAAGCGCUCGUCUGCGUAGCUGCACAGCUUUUGGACAACAGGGUACUGCGUUCUUCAGAGCUUUAUCCAGUGACGUGCAGCGCCUACCGUAUUCAGCCAGAAUGCCUGAGGUAACCACAGACCACCUGGAUGAGAAACAGGUGCAGUUGCUGGCCGAGAUGUGCAUCCUCAUCGACGAAAAUGACCAACGGAUUGGCGCUGACACAAAGAAAAACUGCCAUCUAAAUGCCAACAUUGAUAAAGGGUUACUACACAGAGCAUUUAGCGUCUUCAUUUUCAACAGUGACGAGAAGCUGCUUUUACAACAGCGGUCUGAUGCCAAAAUCACAUUUCCAGGCUGUUUCACAAACACAUGCUGCAGUCACCCUUUACACACAGACAGUGAGCUGGAAGAGAAAGACGCUAUUGGUGUGAGGAGAGCUGCUCAGAGGAGACUGGAAGCUGAACUGGGUAUUCCUAUGGAACAGGUGACUCCAGAUGAAAUGACAUAUCUAACAAGAAUCCAUUAUAAAGCCCAGUCCGAUGGUGUUUGGGGAGAACACGAGAUUGACUACAUCCUCUUCAUGCAGAAGGAUGUGGAGUUGAGCCCGGACCCCAAUGAAAUCAAAAGCUACUGUUAUGUGAGCAAAGAAGAACUACGUCAAAUGCUGGAGAAGGCCAAACGGAAAGAACUAGAAAUCACUCCUUGGUUUCAACUAAUUGCAGAAACCUUUCUCUUCAAAUGGUGGGACAAUUUGCAGAACCUUAAGCAAUUCAUGGAUCAUGCAAACAUCCAUCGCAUGUAA